AUGGCAGCGAUGGAGAUGUUCCAGCUUGGCUCUCGUUCCCUCAACCACGCCUCCGCCGACACAGAAGCGGAAUACGAUCGUCUGCGCGGCCUAGCACGCCAGGAAGCCGCAAAGCGUAGUUCCUGCUUCGACCGCGCACACCAAGCCUAUGAGUCCGGUGACGGCGGCCGCGCGCACGAGCUCAGCGAAGAAGGCAAGAAGCACGCGGCGAAGAUGGACCAAUACAACAAUCAAGCACGCGACUAUAUUUUCCGCGAGAACAAUGCCACCGGGCGUGUUGCGGGAGACACAAUCGACCUCCACGGCUUGUAUGUCGAGGAAGCCGAGGAUGUGUUGGAGGAGCGCAUCAAGGCUGCGAGGAGUCGAGGCGAGAGCCAUUUGCAUGUUAUUGUCGGAAAGGGAAACCACUCUGUGGGACAUGUGCAGAAGAUCAAGCCGCGUGUGGAGCAGGUGUGCCGCGAGUUGGGACUGCAGUAUGCGACAGAGGAGAAUGAGGGUCGUAUUUUUGUGAACCUGCAGGGCGGCGCAGUUCAUGGAAUGCCGCCGGCACCGCAAGCCCCACAGUAUGGUGGAUAUCCCAGUGGUCAACAGCAACAGCAUGGUGGCCAGCAGCAUGGCGGUCAGCAGCACGGUGGUCAGCAAUACGGAGGUGGUCAACAGUCGCAUGGUGGCCAGCAAUAUCAGCAGGGUCAUCAGCAGCAGAACCAGAACCAAAACCAAAACCAGAACCAGAACGAUGAGAUCGAGCAGAUGGUUCGCAAGGGACUGCCUAGGCUGCUCAAGAAGCUGGGAUGCUGCACGGUUAUGUGA